AUGUUAAAACCAGAUGAACUCGUCACAGAGUGGAUGCAGGCAGAGGGGCUCCAUUCUUACUUAGAAAUAGGUGAUUUAAUUGAAUUUCAACGAGCCGUUGGUAAUAUAAAACGACGCAUAUACACGCACUGGGGAGUAUUCAUCGGUUUUCACGAUAAGAAAGCAUACAUUGCCCAUACAGGGACAGAUUUCGGUGAUUUUGGUGACAACCUUAUUAUCAGUUCUGUUGAAUCCCUGGCAACUAUUAGAACAAAGAUGUCUUGUAGUAGUCAAAUACAGAUUCGUCGUGACGAGUUAAUAACUGUUGCUAACGGUGAUAGCUGUCGAAUAAAUAAUUCACUUGAUAAGGAGAAAAAGCCCUUUCCACCGGCUGUUGUAGUUGAUCGAGCUCUACUUAUGCUUGGGAAGACUAACUAUAAUCUUCUGCUAAAUAACUGCGAACACUUUGCAAAGUACUGCAGAUAUGGUCUGAAGGAAAGCAAGCAGGCAACAGUUGCGAAAAUCAUAAUUGUAAUCUCGGCAACAUAUUGCAUGACAGGCUCGCUAGCAGUUUCAGCAGUUGCGGGCACUCUCACUUACACUUUCAGUCGUUUGGGACGUGGCAUUAAACACUUCGUCCCAUUCUAUCCGAAUGUGUUGCUGUAA